AGUGUGAGGUCACAAUCCAAGAUGGCGCUUCCCGUGCGGACUAACUUCAAACACCUCUUCAGAUUCAUUCACAAGAUGAAUUCUCCUAAAAGAUUACUCUGCUCCGGAGCUUGUGAGGGGAAAAAGGAGCCUCCGGGAUGUGGGCGCGUAUUCUCUGGGAUCCAGCCAACCGGGGUGCCCCACCUGGGCAACUACCUGGGUGCCCUGGAGAACUGGGUGGCCCUGCAGAACCAGUAUCCUUCAGUGCUCUACAGCAUAGUGGACCUGCACUCCAUCACACAGCCUCAGGACCCGGCACAACUCAGGAGCAACAUCCUGGACAUGGCAGCCAGCCUGCUGGCCUGUGGCAUCGACCCAGAGAGGGCAAUACUCUUCCAGCAGUCUCAGGUGUCCGAGCACGCUGAGCUCUCCUGGAUCCUCGGCUGUCUGACCAGCAUGCCCCGCCUCCGACACCUGCCGCAGUGGAAGAUGAAGAGCAAAUUAAAGAAUGAAGGCAGCGUUGGUCUCUUCACGUAUCCUGUCCUGCAGGCUGCCGAUAUUCUCCUCUACAAGUCCACUCACGUCCCCGUCGGAGAGGAUCAGGUCCAGCAUUUGGAGCUGGCUCAGGAUCUCGCUCGCAUCUUCAACAACCGCUACGGAGACCUGUUCCCUGAACCCAGCGCCCUGCUCAGCUCCACGCGAAAGGUCAAGUCCCUCCGUGAACCUUCCGCCAAAAUGUCCAAAUCCGACCCCCAAACGAUGGCGACGAUUACCAUCACAGACUCCCCUGAUGAUAUCGCUCUCAAGCUUCGACGCGCAGUCACCGACUUCACCUCCGAGGUCACCUUUGACCCGGAGACUCGGCCGGGCGUGUCCAACCUGGUUACGAUCCACGCAGCCAUGGUGAGGAUCAGCGCGGAGGAGGCGGUGGCCCAGGCCGGAGGGCUGGACACCGGUGCCUAUAAGAAGCUCGUCACGGAGGCUGUGAUCCAGAGGUUGACGCCCAUCAGGGAGGAGAUCGAGAGGCUGAAGUCGGACCGUGCUCACCUGGAGGGAGUGCUGGCCCGGGGGAACCGCAGGGCUCAGGAACUGGCCGCACCGGUCCUCAGAGAGGUCCGACAGCGAGUGGGAUUCUGCUGAGAGGCAACUGGCAGCCACGCCAACAGUAUACUGCAGGCCGUGCUCAGUUGACUGCUGCUGAUGUAGAAUUUAUUCCAAUGACUGUUUACAUCUCUGAGAUAUUCAAGGAUGUACAGUACAGGCCAAAAGUUUGGACACACCUUCUCAUUCAAUGU